GAUAUAUCUCUCCUUCUUCACUACUGCCAGCUCACUGUCAAUUCCUACCCCAGCCAGCACCAUGUCCGGAAACGAUCAAGAGCUCUCGGAAGCUGAGAAGAUGCGCUUGAAGCGGCUCGCUCGUCUGGGCGGCCCAGCACCAGCUGUGCCCCCACCUUCUGCAAGCUCAUCCGUUUCCCCCGCCAACCAGGUGCAAGGUGCGGGUGCUUCGUCGUCUGCAUCCCGCCUUCUCUCCUCUUCGAACUUGAAUGAGGGAGCGCCGCCUCGUAGUGCAUCACCGGCUUCCUCCCCACGUACACCCCCGCAGCCGCCCAGAGCACAACCCAAGCCCGCGCACCAAAGGCCCGCAAUUCCUGUCCCUAAGAAGUCCUCGCCUGCCAUCUCACGUACGGCCACUCCGUCGAGUCGCUUUACUGCACCUUCACCUGCGGCACUAUUGGCACCGUCGAUGCCAUACUCGCAGUGGGAGUCGCACACAGUUGCAAGCGUCUUCUCCGUUACACUGAAGAAAGCUACGGCCGAGAAGAGCGACUGGAAGCUUUGCUGGCUCAAGAGCUUGGCACAAGAGAUUGCUGAGGAAAGCCCAGGAGAUGCUAGCAAACUAACGGCGUCGCUUGAUGUUCGCGACAGGCUGCUGAUAGCGCGUCUGUCCUUGGACCCUAACGACAUGGCUACUUCUGAUGACCCAGACCAACUCCAAGUUUUAGCUGGCUUGCCUCAGAACGAGACCGUUUUCGAAUACCUCACCGGAUGCUGGAAACGUCUGUAUGCUGCCAACCGUGAGAUGUUGCGUUUCAGCUACAGUGCAGCGGAGAAGGCACAGUGGGCCUACGCCUUCGACGAGCUCAAGCGGUUGAUCAUCUCGUACGCGGGAAUGACUCUCGAGGACCCCAGCAUGUUCCCCCAACCCGCAGCCCGCCGUGAUGUGGGUCCCGCUGAGUUUCUUCCGCUGCUGCUAGGCGUAGGCGACAGCGAGGAUUCCAACCCCGGGGACCCGUACACGUCGUCUACUGCCGAGAGGCUCGUCAUCCAUCAAGGCGCCCUCCAGCCAAGCGAUCUCCUGCCUUUUCUCAAUGAUCUUGUUGCUGGAUUUCCAGACGGCAGCUUUGCCGACGUUAUCACGCCUACGCUGAGUCUGUUCUUCCAGAAAUGGUUUCAGAUUUCACCUCAGCCGGACCUCUUGGGCAAUGACUGGCGCAAGUAUAUAGGUGCCAUGAGCACCUUGGUACAGGUCAAGGGCAUUGCGGCGCUCCUCCCUUCAUUGCCUGUGUGGGUCGCUCCGAAUGUACAAGGCAGCACACUCGAGUGGAAGUCUUUGCUUGGCCCUCUUACCCGCUUGAGCGUCUUCCCUCGUGAAUUCCCUGAAAUUUGGAAGACAUACUUCUCAAACCCCACAGAUCGCAAGGUCGCCGACAUCGAUGCAAACAAGGCUAACCUCCGCCACACUCUCGGAGGGCUUCAGACAUCUUUGUUCAACAUAUACAACGCUAUUGUGCGGGCUUCUCCAGAGGCUCGCGAGGGGGUGCUUAAUUACUUCACCCUAGUCUGCAAAGUCAACCAGAAGCGUGCUGGCAUGAGGGUCGACUACAGGACCGUUUCUACAGACGGAUUCAUGAUCAAUGUCCAUGCCGUCCUUCUCAAGCUGUUUGAACCUGUCAUGGACGUUCAGUACUCCAAGAUUGACAAGGUUGAUACCGACUACUAUAUUCACAGCGAUCGCCUUGACAUCUCUGACGAGACCAAGAUCCGUGCGACUAAGGAGGAGGCCGAGCGAUAUUUCGAUGGCGCCAUGAAGACCGACACGAAGGCCAACUUCAUCUCAGACCUCUUCUACCUUCUGAAUAGCAUUUUCCAUCUGGGUCUGUGCAAGACUAUUGACACGCGCUCCAAGGCGGAGAAGAACAUCCAGCAGAUGGAGGACGAACUGAAGAAGCUCGAGGCUCAGCAGGCCGCGGUGGUAACCAACCCAACGGCUCGGGCUCAGGGUGAGGCGGGCAUCACGAAGCUCAAAGCGGACAUUGCUACACUGCACGCCUCUAUCCAUGCCUAUGACACGCAACUCCUAGACCCUGCUUUCACUCGGCUGAAUGUGACGUUCUGCGGCUUCGUCAUGACGUGGAUGUUGCGUCUCGUUGACCCCAAGCAUCAACAUCCUCAGACAUCCAUCUCUUUGCCACUGCCGGCGGAGGCGCCGAUACAGUUCAAGAUGCUGCCCGAGUUCAUUUUGGAGAACAUUGUGGAAUAUUACCUCUUCCUGUCUCGCUACAACCCUGACGCGCUUGAUAAGGCGGACAAGGACAUUCUCAUUGCAUUUGCCCUCACAUUCGUGUCGCCCACCUACGUGAAUAACCCCUUCCUCAAGGCGAAGUUGAUCAACGCUCUCGCCAACGGUCUGUACCCAGUGGGAUACUGGCGUCGCGGUCCUCUGUUUGACCAACUAAGCGUUCUCCCGCUGUCUACCGAGCAUCUCAUGCCGACCCUUAUUCGCUUUUUCAUCGAUGUCGAAAUGACUGGAGGGCACACCCAGUUUUGGGACAAGUUCAGCUUCCGCCGCGACAUAAGCCGCAUCAUCAAGAGUAUGUGGUCUAACCCUCUGCACCGUGAAGCGUUUGUUAAGUCGGCUCGGGACGAUGAGGAUCAGUUCAUUCGCUUCGUCAACAUGUUGAUGAGUGACACGACGUUCCACCUUGAGGAGUCCUUGACCCAGUUGGCCAAGAUCCACUCCCUCCGUGCUCGGAAGGAAGAUGCUGAGAGCUGGAACGCGCUGCCAGAAAAUGAACGUAACGACCUCGACAGCCAGCUUAGACAGUCAGAAAGUAGUGCUCCUUUCCACACAGCGAUGGGGCGCGACCACGCGGAGCUGAUGCGCGACUUCACCGCGACAACUAAAGAGCCCUUCCUGGUGGGCGAAAUUGUCGACCGUUUAGCUGCAUCUUUGGACGAAAAUCUCACCAACCUGGUGGGCCCGAAGAUGCAGGAACUCAAGCUAGUUGACCCGGAGCGUUUCUCCUUCAAACCGAAGCAACUGCUGGCCGCUAUCGCGCAAAUUUACCUCAAUUUGGGGGAUUCGCGUCCUUUUAUCAACGCGGUCGCCAUCGACGGACGCAGCUACUCGAGAGAGUUGUUUGAGCGAUUUGCUCGCGUACUGAAGAAUCGCGCGAUUAUGACGGAUGGAGAGGUGGCCGGCAUUGUGGCCUUCACACAGCGAGUUGAGGACGCCAAGGCCACCAUCGAGGCCGAGGAGGAGCGUGAAAUUCCCGACGAGUUCCUCGACCCUCUCAUGGCUACGCGUACGUUAAUUUGGGGUGUUGUGUGAGAACCUGUCGUGCUAACCUCCAGUCAUGAAGGACCCGGUAAUCCUUCCUGUGUCCCGCGUCACUGUCGAUCGCAGCACCAUUCGAGCAUCGUUGCUGUCCAAGGAGUUGGAUCCAUUCAACAAUCUCCCCCUCAAAUACGAGGAUGUUGUUCCUAAUACGGAGCUCAAAGCCCAGAUCGACGCAUGGCUGGCCGAGGCCAAGGUCGCUCCACCGGCGGAAGUCAUGGAUGUUGACGAGCUGUAGUCGGAUUCUGAGGGUCACUCGUAAC